ACACUCUCUCUCUCUCUCUCUCCCCCUCCCCUUCCUUUAAUGGAAGCAACAACCGUAACUUUGUCAGUAGCAAUCUCUAUGAAUGUUCGUAAAAGACCACCUAAAAUGGAGUUUGGAGUUGUCUAUAUUCGUCACGAGCUGCUGCAAAAUUAUCACUCACAAACACACAUAUAAAUACCUCUCUCUCUCUCUCUCUUGAUUAUCUUCACCAUAUCUCCACCUUCAUGACCUCAAAAUGCCAUCAAACCCGACCUCCUCCUCCUCAGCCGCCCAAAACCCCGACAUCGCCGCCGCGCGCGACAUCGCCGCCGUAAUCCACCGCCACAUGCACGCCAUCCUCGCCGAGAAAUCCCUAAAACGGAAAUGCCUCUCCAAGCUCAAGAUUCAAUCCCAGCAAUUCUUCGAAUUCUCCGACCACUCCGUCCUCUCGAACCUCUACUGGGGCGUCGAGAACGCCGCCGAGGCCGCCGCGCUGCUCGGCUCUCUCUCCGCCGACGAGAGAGAAAGCAGGCUCGACGCCUCCGAGAAAAUGCUGCAGAUUCCCGCCUCCCUGGACGGCGGCGGCGCCACCUUGGGAAUCCCCAACGACCGGCUCGUCUGCUCCUCCUACCUCUGCCUCGCCGCCGUCGAGUUCCUGCGCGGGAACGAGUGGCGCGCCGCCGCGCAUUUUCUUCAGGCGGUCUCGAUCUGUCCGGGGAUCGUGCGCCGCGAUUUCGCGCCGGGAAUCUGGCGGGAGGUUGCUCCCCUGUUUGUGAGGCGCGGGGUUCGGGAGUCCCUCGGCUUGUCUGCGCCGUUGGAUGAGUUUGACGAUGGCAUGAUCGAUGAUGCGAUGAGAUGGAUGGCGGGAAGAUAUAAGCCCUGGCUGAUGUACUACCAGAUCAUGUCCGCAGGGGAUUCCUGCCGCAGCGACGCCGUUUCUACACCUUUGAGCGGAGUUCAAAACUUGUACGAGCAAAGAAAUGGAGUGAGGACUAAUCCAAAUCGACCUAUCACUCGUCAAGAAAGCAUCGUCGCCGACGAUGUGGACGAACUGCCCGUCGUCAGCCGCGCCCCGACGUCAAACAUCAAAUGCCUCAAAGACAUUCUAACAGAAUCCCAACCAGACACACCAAAAUCCUCGUGUUUGGACGAUAUUUCAGACAAUAUUUCCUCUAACGAGGAUACAUCCGUUGAGAGUUGUAUUGAAGAUCAAGAAGGAGAAGAUUUCAAUCCCAUUGCUUCACUAUCUUGGAAUGCACGAAGGCCCUCUGGCCAGACGUGGCUAGAGAGGACCCAAUCACUUCAAACACAACGGCAAAACGAUGGAUCCACCGCGGAAUCCAUAUACCGGAGUUUCUCCACUUCCUUUUGCGACACAGAUCUGAGGACUGCAUUAGGCCUCAGAUCAAGAUGUCACUAUGCUCACGAUUUCUCGAGACGAGCAAAGAGCCUAAGCUCUAGAGCAACACAACAACAAGAGGAAACCUCGUUGAUCGAACAAAAUGGAGUAAUUGAGAGAAUAAUCUUAAAGCUCUGCUUUGCAGAAGACCUCGAGAAAACCGAGGUGAACUACACGGUAGAUAUGAACACGAUCUACGACGUGCUAAGCACGAAGACGGGGCUUAAAUACUCUCUUUUAAAAGACAUGAUCUUAGACGAGCUACUCAUAGCGAUCUCCACCUCCGAAGAGGAGAUAGUAGUGAGGACAUCACUAGGCAUACUCUCCACCAUUAUCACUUCGAACAGAUCCGUCGCUGUUGACGUGCAACGGAGAGGGCUGCGGCUACACGACCUGGCCGCGGCCCUCAAACGCCACGUGCAUGAGGCGGCCGUCCUGAUCCACCUGAUCAAUCCGGCACCCGCGGAGGUGAGGGAGCUCGAGCUCCUGCCCUGCCUCGUGGAGGUAGUCUGCACGCAGACUACCUCCACGAGCCACAAGGAGGAGGCUGAGGAGGGGGUGAUCACCCCUCCAGCUGCCUCCUUGAUGAUCAUAGAGAUGCUGGUGACCGCGUUCGACCUUGAGACGAACAGCGCCCACCUGGCUGCGAUCACCCCGCCCAGGGUGAUCUCUGCCCUCCUCCGGGCCCCGAGGCGGGGCCACCUCGACGAGGUGGCUUCGUUGGCAUGUGUACUAGCAAAGAGUAUGUGCAUCGAUGAUAAAUGCAGGAAAUACAUAUCCCAAAUCUCCCACGACACGGCGCCAUUCGUUUCCCUCCUUUGGAGCAACCAAGAACAAGCUGCCUCUGCUGCUCUCGAGUUUUUCAACGAGCUGCUCAAAACGCCACGAUCAUCUGCCAUUGCCUUAUUGGAAGAGAUGCAGGAACAAGGAAGCAGCAACAAUUUGUGUGCUCUUUUCCUACUCACACAGAAUUCUACUCCUGAAUACAGAAUACUAGCAGCAAAUUUACUACUACAGCUAGAAGUUCUUGAAGAUGCAUCUACAAAGUCCAUGUAUAGAGAAGAAGCAGCAGAGGCCCUCUUCAACGCGUUGCAACGCGAAGAAUCCCCACAAACACAAGCUCUUUCAUCAUUCAUACUAGCAAAUCUCGGUGGGACUUUCUCUUGGACAGGAGAAGCCUACACAAUGGCAUGGCUGGUGAAGAAAACUGGCCUAAACUUAUCACAACAUAGGAAUCUGAUCAAAACCUAUGACUUUCUUGAUGAAAGUUUGCAAGAUAGUGGAGUGGACUCAUGGUGCAGCAAGAUCGCGCAGCGGAUACUGCAGCUAGGAACACGUGUCUUUGAGGCAUUGGACAAGGGAAUGAGGAGCAAGACAAGGAGAGUUUCAAGAGAUAGUUUGGUGGCUACUGCUUGGUUAGGACUUGAGCUCAUGAAAGGUCAGGAUGAGCUGAGGCAUGCUGCUUGUGAGAUCCUACUGCAUAGCGUCGAGCAGUUCGUGCAUCCUGGUUUCGAGCUUGAGGAACGCCUUGUGGCCUGCUUGUGCAUUUACAACUACACUUCAGGCAGAGGGAUGAAGAGGAUAAUCAAUCUAUCAGAAGGUGUGAGAGAGUCACUUAGACGUUUGUCGAAUGUGACUUGGAUGGCUGAGGAAUUGCUCAAAGUGGCUGAUUAUUUCCAGCCAAAUAAGUGGCGAAUAUCGUGUGUUCAUAGCCAGAUAUUGGAGGCAGGGACUACUAAAUGUAGUGCAGCUGUGACUGCCCUCAUUUACUACAAGGGCUAUUUAUGCAGUGGAUAUGCUGAUGGAUCUAUUAAGGCGUGGGAAGUGAGGGGGCAAACAGCGACGCUUGUUGUUGAGAGAAAGGAGCACAGAAAGGCCGUGACGUGCUUGGCUCUCUAUGAUUUGGGGAACUGCCUCUUAAGUUGCUCUGCUGACAAAACUAUCAAGAUGUGGCAUAUGCAGCAGAGGAAUCUUGAGUGCAUCGAAGUGAUACCUACAAAGGAAUCUCUGAGAAGCAUAGAUUCUUUAGGGGAAUUGAUGUUUGUUACUACUCAAAGCCAUAAAUUGAAGGUGAUUGAUGCAUCAAGAAAACCAAGAGACGUGUUGAAGAACAAGCGCGUGAAAUGCAUGAGAGUGGCGCAGGGGAAGGUCUACACGGGGUGCAUGGAUUCAAGCAUCGUGGAGGUGGUGAUCAUCAACAACAGGCAGCAAGAGAUGAAAGAGCCAUCGAAGAGCUGGAUGCAGAACAAGCCCAUUAGGUCGAUUUCUUUGUAUAAAGAUUGGUUGUAUGGUGCAAGUUUAGCCGUUGAGGGCGCAAAGAUGAAGGAAUGGAGACGAAGCAGCCGGCCUCAAAUGUCAUUGGUGCCGGAGAAAGGAGCAAGCAUUCUAGCAAUGGAAGUUGUUGAGGAUUUCAUCUACUUAAACUGCAGCACAUCAAUGAGCAGCCUGCAAAUAUGGUUGAGAGGGACACAGCAAAAAGUUGGGAGGUUAUCAGCAGGGAGCAAGAUAACAAGCCUACUUUCAGCCAAUGACAUGAUUCUUUGUGGAACUGAGAAAGGAGUAAUCAAGGGAUGGAUCCCUCUUUAGAGGAAGAUGAACAAGUGACAGGCUGACAGCUGCAUAAUUUUUUGCUAAUUCUUUUGGAUUUUGGCCAAGAAUCCAAUUUUUGGUGUAAAUUAAUAUAGAGAUGAAGUCCAUGUAAAUUGAUUGUAGUGUAAGGUGUUGGCCGCGUAAAUUGUUUGGAUACCUUAAGAAUAUGCAAUAUAUUUUUAAGCUUGAGUAUA